AUGGCCACCCCCAGUGUUCUUACCUUAGAUACUGAGGGUCACGGCCUCUCCAUGUUCGACCUCACCUCUGGUGCCUCCCCUGCCCCGCCUGCUACUUCUGACAGCAUUGUUCGCUCACAGUGGGCGACACGCGAUGCUGCUGCCCGUCUUGCUGUGCGUCGCCACUUACCGACCACUGAGCGUGCGCACUUUAGCCAGUACAAGAGUGCUCAGACCUUGUACGACGCUUUAGUUGCACACUACUCUUCCCCUGCCACUGCUGCACUGAGCCGCCUCAUGCUACCGUACCUCUUCCCUGACCUUGCUGCCUUUCCCACAGUCGCUGACCUCAUUACGCACCUCCGCACUAGUGACACUCGCUACCGCGCUGCGCUUCCUGCUGAGUUCUGCGCCAAGAACCCCCCCCCCCCCCCCCCCCCCAUGUACAUCACCCUCUACUACAUAGUCACCCGGCUCCCUGACUCUCUUCGCUUAGUCAGGGACCACUUCCUCUCAGUUUGCCCCACCACACUCACCGUUGACCUCCUCGAGGAGCGCCUCUUAUCAGCAGAGAAGAGCAUAGUCGCUGUAGGAGCCUCUCGUGGUGACCCUUGCACCCCCGUCUUUGAGGGGUGUUCCCCCUCCCCCCUCUUGCCCUCUAUUGCUUCUGCUGCUGCUGCCGACCUUGUUGGUUUCUACGGGGUCGGCGCUGCGUCUGCCUCUAGCGGGAGACGCCGCAUCGGCAAGGGCAAGGGGGGCAAGGGAGCUGGAGGGGCUAGCGAGGGCGGUGGAGGUGGUGGUGGAGGCAGUGGAGGGGGUGGGGGUGGUGGUGGGAGUGGUGGCGGGGGUGGCGGCGGCGGUGGCAGCAGUGGAGGCGGAGGAGGCGGCGGUGGUGGCGGAGGGAGCGGAGGCGGCGGAGGUGGCGGAGGCGGCGGCGGCGGCGGCGGUGGAGCUGGUCGCGACUCUGCGCAGAGCAGUGGGUCCAGUGGUGGUCCACGCCAGUAG